AUGUCUUCCGCACCUUCCAAGCCUAUAGUCUUUUACGACAUUGCAUUCAAAGAACCACGACAAGAAACGAACAGCGCGCCAAAUCCUUGGAAGACCAGACUCGCUUUGAACUUCAAAAGUCUCCCCUACGUCACAACCUGGGUGCCUCUAUCCGACGUCGAAAAAGUCCGACGCAGCCUCCAGGUGCCUGCUUGUCGAAAGUUUGGCGACGGUACCGAUUACUACACUCUGCCCGUAAUCACAGAUCCCAACAACGACGAUGCCGUGGGCGAUUCCUUUCAUAUCGCGGUGUACCUGCAGAAGACGUAUCCAGACUCGGGAGCAGAUCUUUUCCCGGAGCAGAAACUCGACUAUGUGUUUGCGGCCGAUGAAGCGUCUAUGGUGCCGCUGACGGAUGUUCGUGGNGGAGAGUAUGAUGAGUAUGCACAAUUCAACAUGUCUGUGGAUGCAGUGUUUACUGCUCACGUCAUCCUCAUGGUGCAAGGUAUGCCUUUGACCACAGCUGGCGAGCAAGUGUUUGUCAAGCGCGCGGGCGUGGACUCUUUUGCUGCGUUUGCAUGUGAAGGAGAUCAGAGGAUGCAGGUAUUGACGUCGUUCGAGAGCAAAUUGGAGGGGCUGGCCGAGGUGUUUAAGAGAGAUGCAAGUGGACCUUUUGUGCUUGGUGCAAAGGCCAGCUACGCGGAUCUGAUUGUUGGGGCAUGGUUACGAAUGGCCAAAACGAGUCUCAAGAGCACUGAAUGGGAGGCGUUGAGAGGAUGGCAUGGAGGUGUCUUUGGACGGUUGCACGAUGCACUUGACAGAUAUGCACACACCGACAGAGGACGUGAGGCGGAACUCUGA